AUGUGUCAGGAUGAAAAGUGUUACAGCCAGGAAUUCAUUUCACCCAUUCUCUCCUGGGGAUUCUGGGAAAUAUCUUUGGAGUACCGAAUGGAGCGAAAAUUCACUAUCGCAGAGUUCGAAGUGCAAGCGGUCACUCACUUGUCGCAUCUGUGCAAUUUGGACAUUCUUCACGAGGUGGCACCCGUCAGGAAUACGGGAAUCAUUUGCACGAUUGGACCAGCAUGUGGCACAGUGGAGAAACUGCAAGAGCUGAUGAAGAGUGGAAUGAACAUAGCUCGACUCAACUUUUCACACGGAUCACAUGAGUCACACGCGGAAUCGAUUCGUCUCAUCCGAGAGGCGGCUAAUUCCUUUGAUCCGCCAAUGGUGGUUGCCAUUGCACUCGACACGAAGGGACCCGAGAUUCGAACAGGAUUGCUAGCGGCUGGAACUCGCGCCGAGAUCGAACUGAUCGCUGGGCACUCGAUUCGUCUCUCAACCGAGCCCCAUUUUGAGUCAAGCGGCACAGCCACUUGUCUCUAUGUCGAUUACGAGAAUUUGCCUCAAUCGGUGAGACCAGGUUCUCGUAUCUACAUCGAUGACGGUUUAUUGUCCUUGAUCGUUGAUGAGAUUGAUCACAAUGCUGUCAUUUGCACAGUGGAAAAUGGAGGUCUUCUAGGGAAUCGAAAGGGUGUCAAUUUGCCAGGGACGAAAGUCGAUUUGCCAGCGGUGACGGAAAAGGACAAGGCUGAUUUGAGAUUUGGAGUUGAACAAGGCGUUGAUAUCAUUUUCGCUUCAUUUGUUCGUAAUGGAGCUGGUGUCAGAGAGCUCAAAUCGAUUCUUGGAGAUGAUGGUGCACACAUCAAGAUCAUCUCGAAGAUCGAAAGUGAAGAGGGAGUGCUGAAUGCUGAUGGUAUUAUUUCAAGAUCCGAUGGAGUGAUGGUUGCGAGAGGUGAUCUCGGCAUUGAGAUUCCACCGGAAAAGGUAUUCCUAGCACAGAAGAUGUUGAUUGCCAAGUGCAAUGCGGCUGGGAAACCGGUGAUUUGUGCAACACAAAUGCUGGAAUCAAUGGUCUCAAAACCAAGGCCGACAAGAGCCGAAUGCUCCGAUGUGGCAAAUGCGGUACUUGAUGGAGCUGAUUGUGUGAUGUUGAGUGGAGAGACGGCGAAAGGAAACUAUCCAAUUGAAACCGUUCUCAUGAUGCACUCGAUCUGCAAAGAAGCCGAGAAAGCCUUCUAUCACACGAAAUUCUUUGAAGAGAUUAUGUUAAGCACGAGGAAACCAACGGACAAAACUCAUACGACAGCAAUUGCCGCUGUUCAGGCAGCGAUGAGCAGUCAUGCGGCCGCGAUUCUUUUGUUGACAACAAGUGGACAAACUGCUCGUCUAGUGUCGAGAUAUCGAGCGCCAGUGCCAAUUGUGUCAAUCUCUCGAUCGGCUCAAACCUCUCGCCAACUUCAUCUCUUCCGUGGAGUCUUCCCGAUUCAUUUCAAAAAAGAACGUGAUCCAGUAUGGGAAGUGGAUGUGGAGAAUCGAAUCGCUUUCGGAAUUCAAGUCGGCAAGGAAAGAGGUUUCAUCCAAAGCGGGGACACGCUUGUCGUCAUCACUGGAUGGCAUAAAGGAGCCGGCUACACCAACACACUUCGAGUGGUCACUGCCGCU